AUGUAUAUUUCUCUCUCACCUCCAGACUUCCAGCAGCUCUUAGUUCCUAAAGAGGAGGUUCACGCUGUGAAGCAGGAGUGGCGCCCCAGUCUGGACCAGGAGGAGCCAGAUCUCCCACACAUUAAAGUGGAACAGGAGAAACUGUUGAUAAGCCAAGAGGGAGAGCAGCUUCAAAAACAGGAGGAGGCUGAUGUCAGGUUUCCAUUCACUCCUGUCCCUGUAAAGAGUGAAAGUGAUGAAGAGAAACCUCAUUCCUCACAGCUUCAUCAAAGCCAAACUGAGCAGGACAAACUGGUAGAGCCACCAGACAGAACUUCAACUGAACAGAUGAAAACAGAACCUGAUGGAGAGGACUUUGGACUGUCAGGACCAGCCAGCAACCUAGAUCAGGAUGGUGAUUUAGAACCAACUAGUGAUGGUGAGCCCCUGCCUUCAGACUAUUGUGAAAGUGAGACCGAAGACAGUGAUGAUGACUGGAACAAAACUAGAGAACCUUGGUCCAGUUUGGAUGCACAAGAUAACAAUGAAAAAAGUCAACAGAGAUCUGGUAAAAAACAACUUUCAUUUGAAAAAGUCUUUAGUUACUCAGUAUGUGGUAAAAAGUUUUCUCAAAGAGAAAUGCAGAGACACACACGAUCACAUAGAGGAGAGAAACCCUUUAGUUGCUCAGUCUGCGGUAAAGGGUUUUCUAAAAAUGUAAAUAUGCAGACACAUAUGAGAACACAUACAAGAGAGAAGCCAUUUUGUUGCACAGUCUGUGGUAAAGGGUUUUCUAAAAAUGGAAAUAUGCAGACACAUAUCAGAACACAUACAAGAGAGAAGCCAUUUAGUUGCUCAGUCUGCGGUAAAGGGUUUUCUCUUAAGGGAAAUAUGCAGACACACAUGAGGACACAUACAGGAGAGAAGCCAUUUAGUUGCUCAGUCUGUGGUAAAGGGUUUUCUCAAAGAGGACAUAUCCAACUACACAUGAGAUCACAUACAGGAGAGAAGCCAUUUAGUUGUACAGUUUGUGGUAAAGGGUUUUCUAUGAAUAGAAAAAUGCAGGAACACAUGAGAACACAUACAGGAGAGAAACCAUUCAUGUGCUCAGUCUGUGGUAAAGGGUUUUCUCUUAAGAGAAAUAUGCAGACACAUAUGAGAACACAUACAGGAGAGAAGCCAUUUAGUUGCUCAGUCUGUGGUAAAGGCUUUUCUCAAAAAAGAGUUCUGCAGACACACGUCAGAAUACAUACAGGAGAGAAACCUUUCACCUGCUCAGUUUGUGGUAAAGGGUUUACUCAAAAUGUAAAUAUGCAGGCACACAUGAGAACACAUGCAGGAGAGAAGCCAUUUAGUCGUACAAUCUGUGAUAAAGGGUUUUCUCAAAAUAACACUGUGCAGAUACACAUAAGAAUGCAUACAAGAGAGAAACCUUAUAGUUGUACUACCUGCGAUAAAGGGUUUCUUAGAAGCGACCAAUUAAGACAUGUAGGAAUACAUACGGGAGAGAAAUCAUUUGCUUGCUCAGUCUGUGGCAAAAGGUUUUCUCAAAGAGGAGAUGUGCAGAUCCAUAAGAACGCAUACAGGAGAGAAACCUUUCAUUUGUUCACUUUGUGGCAGAAGAGCUCUGGCCAGGUGCAGACACUAAGUCCACUCUUCUUCUCCACACAGGGAGACUUCCAGCAGCUCUUAGUUCCUAAAGAGGAGGUUCACGCUGUGAAGCAGGAGUGGCGCCCCAGUCUGGACCAGGAGGAGCCAGAUCUCCCACACAUUAAAGUGGAACAGGAGAAACUGUUGAUCAGCCAAGAGGGAGAGCAGCUUCAAAAACAGGAGGAGGCUGAUAUCAGGUUUCCAUUCACUCCUGUCCUUGUAAAGAGUGGAAGUGAUGAAGAGAAACCUCACUCCUCACAGCUUCAUCAAAGCCAAACUGAGGAGGACAAACAGGUAGAGCCACCAGACAGCAAUUCAACUCAACAGAUGAAAACAGAACCUGAUGGAGAGGACUUUGGACUGUCAGCACCAGCCAGUAACCUAGAUCAGGAUGGUGAUUUAGAACCAACUAGUGAUGGUGAGCCCCUGCCUUCAGACUAUGGUGAAAGUGAGACCGAAGACAGUGAUGAUGACUGGAACAAAACUAGAGAACCUCGGUCCAGUUUGGAUGUACAAGAUAACAAUGAAAAAAGUCAACAGAGAUCUGGUAAAAAACAACUUUCAUUUGAAAAAGUCUUUAGUUACUCAGUAUGUGGUAAAAAGUUUUCUCAAAGAGAAAUGCAGAGUCACACACGAUCACAUAGAGGAGAGAAACCCUUUAGUUGCUCAGUCUGCGGUAAAGGGUUUUCUAAAAAUGUAAAUAUGCAGACACAUAUGAGAACACAUACAAGAGAGAAGCCAUUUAGUUGCUCAGUCUGUGGUAAAGGCUUUUCUGUUAAGGGAAAUAUGCAGACACAUAUGAGAACACACACAGGAGAGAAGCCAUUUAGUUGCUCAGUCUGUGGUAAAGGGUUUUCUGUUAAGAGAAAUAUGCAGACACAUAUGAGAACACAUACAGGAGAGAAGCCAUUUAGCUGCUCAGUCUGUGGUAAAGGGUUUUCUCUUAAGAGAAAUAUGCAGACACAUAUGAGAACACAUACAGGAGAGAAGCCAUUUAGCUGCUCAGUCUGUGGUAAAGGGUUUUCUCAAAAAAAAGUUCUGCAGGCACACAGAAGAACACACACACGAGAGAAACCUUAUAGUUGCACUGUCUGCAGUAAACGGUUUUCUGAAAAUGGAAAUAUGCAGACCCAUAUGAGAACACAUACAGGAGAGAAACCUUUCACCUGCUCAGUGUGUGGUAAAGGGUUUACUCAAAAUGGAAAUAUGCAGGUACACAUGAGAACACAUGUAGGAGAGAAGCCAUUUAGUGGCAGUCUGUGUUAA